UCAUGUCAUCAUAAGUCAUAACCUUACAAAACCCUACAAAAUUUACCAAUAAAACCCCGCCGCUGCCAUUUCCCCUCAUCUCUUUCAAUUUUCCCCCAUUUUUGCCUUUUUAGGGGUUUUUUCAUUCUUUAUCUUCAAUUUGUGUGUUUCGUCCUUCUACCUCGAUUCGCCAUGAGCAACCCCGGUAAAAACAACUUUGACAUGUCCAACUUGGACCUGUCUCUCCCCGCCGCCGCCGCCGCUUUGAGUGAGGAGGAUCGCUCUGAUUUAAUGAAUGCGCUCAAGGAUAAACUGAGCAAUCUGGCUGGGCAGCACGCAGAAGUUAUGGAGAAACUGACACCGAACGUGCGGAAGCGCGUCGAGGUGCUUAGGGAGAUUCAGGGCCAACAUGAUGAGCUAGAGGCUAAGUUUCUCGAGGAGAGAGCAGCACUUGAAGCGAAAUACCAGAAACUUUAUGAACCAUUGUAUACAAAGCGCUUUGAGAUUGUAAAUGGUGUUGUGGAAGUUGAAGGAGUGACCGAUGCUUCAGCGGACCAGGGAGACGAUAAAGCAAACAAGGAUAAAGGUGUGCCCGACUUCUGGCUGACAGCAAUGAAGACAAAUGAGAUAUUGGCUGAGGAGAUUUCAGAACGUGAUGAAGAUGCUUUGAAGUUUCUCAAGGAUAUCAAGUGGUCUAGGAUUGACGAUCCCAAGGGUUUCAAGCUCGAGUUCUUUUUUGAUACGAAUCCAUUCUUCAAGAAUACCGUGCUUACAAAAACAUACCAUAUGGUUGAUGAGGAUGAGCCGAUACUAGAAAAAGCAAUAGGGACACAGAUCGAAUGGUAUCCAGGCAAAUGCUUGACUCAAAAGAUUUUGAAGAAAAAGCCAAAGAAGGGGACAAAAAAUGCUAAGCCAAUAACAAAGACUGAAAAGUGUGAAAGUUUUUUCAACUUCUUUAGCCCACCAGAGGUUCCGGAAGAUGAAGAGGACAUCGAUGAGGAUGAGGCUGAAGAACUCCAGAAUUUAAUGGAGCAAGACUAUGACAUUGGCUCAACUAUUCGGGAUAAGAUUAUUCCUCACGCUGUGUCAUGGUUCACUGGGGAGGCUGCUCAAGAUGAUGAACUUGAUAUGAUGGAGGAUAAUGAUGUUGAUGAUAAUGAAGAUCACGAAGAUGAUGAUGAUGAUGAGGAAGAGGAUGAAGAUGAGGACGAUGAGGAUGAUGAUGAUGAAGACGAAGCUCCUGUCAAGUUCUCAAAGAAGAGAGGUGGGGCGGGGCUAGCUGUGGAAGGUGCGCUGGGCGAACGCCCUGCCGAGUGCAAGCAGCAAAAUCAUAUUUGUUUCAAAACACAAUAUUGUGAAUCUCAGGUUUUCCUGGGCAAAACUCAAAAUGGCAGCAGCUUAUGCAGCUCUACUUUCUCUUAUGCACACCAUAGACCAGAUACAGAGUCACCCCUACCCUCCGAUUUCUCUCAAAAAAACUUAUAUACUAAAUCGCUAACCGAGAACAUAUCUUUGUUGUUGGACUUUCCGGAAAACUAUUCAUUCCUCGACAGCAAACAAGCAGAUGCUUUGGAGGGACGUAUUGGCAAUGCAGCCUAUGAGGCAGAGGAUAUGAUGGAAUCCCGUAUAGUCGAUCAAGUUUUUCAAGCUGCUUUCUCGAGUCAUGGAAAUAAAUUCAGGCUCAUUAAUUUCUUGACUGCUCUUUGUACAGCCACAAGAAGAAGUCAUGCUGAAAACAUUGGUUGCAAAGACGACAUGCUGGAGAAAGUGAUGGGAAAUAUGAGUCUAAUCGCGAAAGACGUAAAGGAGACAAUGGCCAAAGUUGUGGAAAUAGUGAAGGAACAAGGUGAUCUUGGGAACCAAGUCCUUCAGCUCACAGUUGUGUUGUAUGAUAAGGGUGAGAAUAUAGUGACUGAGAGCUUUGUAAGCUAG